AUGACCUCGGAAAUAGUCUACAUGAUCCAAAUUCUCCUGCCUGCAUUUCGAAUAGCCGCACCAGAUCGCUUCAUCACGUCGCUCGGCUGUCUCUCGGUCAGCCAAGUGCUCAUCGUCAAAGUGGUCGUUGAGUACGGGCGGACCAUCGACGGUGGCUCCCUGCCGCUGCGUAGCGGUCCAGGACUAAAACGUCUUACCUACUCUAAUAUAAUAAGUAUAAGGGUUAUAGAAGGUAUUUUAGAGAUUAAAACUAAAUCUAGUAUAUUACUUAGUAAAGAACUUUUAAUUUCUCCUUUUUCUAAUAGAAUAGUAAGUAUUAAAAAUAAGCUUCUUAGUAGGUUAGAUACGCUUAGAGAUAAAAUUAAGAACUCUAGCUUAAAUUAG